UGAAGAAGUGAGAUUAUGGUUGUGUUCAAACAUUUCCUUCCCCAUCCGUGAAAUGACACAAUCAUUUACAUGUUUUAUUCAAAUAGCCUAGUGACGUUCUGAUAUAUAACGUGGACGUUUGUUGUUUGUAAUCCAAGUUUGGGACUUCAAUAAGGGAAUCUAUAGUUGCCACAUCAGUAGAUGCCUAUUAUAAAGGAACAUGUUUAUGAUGUUUGGACUUCUGAUUAUGUCAGCAGAAUCCGCUUAUGAGAAUUUAGCAGUUCAUCCAACCGCCCUCACAACCGCAGACCACGCGUAACCAUGCCCGCCCAGGACAUCCACAUCCGGCUUCUUUACCUGUGGGAUUGUCUGAGUAGGGUGAGGAUGGAGCUCAGGAGUUUCUGUUUGUAAUAAAAUCCCUUUUGUGGGGAUUUUAUGCUGAUUGGCUGGUUUCCUUCUAUGAACUUUAACUCAGUAAAAUCUUUGAAAUGGUUGCAUGGAAUGGUGACCUCCUGUAAUGCUACACAGAACAUGUUGUGUUACGGACCUCUGGGAGGAACUGUCUAUCUCCAGCUGAUGAAUGAUGCCACAGGAUCCGAACUCACAUUCAAAAAAGACCCCACUGGUGCGAAAACAGUGAUAUUCAGAAUAAAACAAAACAAAAUUGUCCAUGAAUUCAUUAAAGCCAGAUCAGAGUUCUUUAUCAAUAAUGGGACAUUUAAAAUAAAUAACACAGAGAGGAGUGAUUCUGCUGAAUAUUCUUUAGAAAUCUUCAAGUCAGAUGGACAUUACUUGGACACGAGAGUAGUACAACUGAUAAUUGGAGGAGGAUCUUAUUGCACUGCCAGAGGAUCACCAGUAGCUGUGGUCCUGGUCCUUGCAGUGGUGGUGGGAGCUUACUGUAUUCACAAGAGGAGGAACCCUCCACAGGCAUCAGGCAUGGAGACCCCCUGUGAUGCUACACUGGAUGGAGCUCAGUGUUAUGGAACUCUGGGAGGAACUGACUCUCUCCAGCUGAUGACCAUUAGAUCGGGGGGUGGUAGCAGGGUCUCUGGCAGCCGUAGUCCUUGUCCUAGUGAUGGUGUUGGCAGUUUGCUGUGUUUAGAAGAACAAGACACCUCCAAAGACUUCAGUCAGGAUGUGGAAUACACUGAUGUCAGGAUACUGAAGAAGCAGAUGAGACAGAAGGAAAGAAAGGUGGAUUACGGACAGGUGGAGGGGGGUCCCCGGCAGCCAAUGGAGAUGGAGUAUGGACAGAUUAAAACAUUAGAGGGUCCCCAGUGGAAGACACACCUGAGGAGGGGGACUGUGUGUACGCCAGGGUACGCAAAGGCCAGUGAGCAAGGUAUCUCCCAUUUGUCCCCAUUUUCUCUGUGUAUUUAUACCUGUGUUUUCUGUUUGCCUGUUGCCAGUUUGUCUUCUCCCGUCAAGUCCUACAAGUGUAUUCCUGUGUAUGUUUUCUGUGCUCUAGUUUUUGUUUUUCCUGGUCUUCACAGUUUUUACCAUUCUGCCUGCCCUGACCCUGAGACUGCCUUCCAUUCUGUACCUUUCUGAAACUUCCCUGGAUUACUGACCUUUCCCUGCCCCCUGUUUUGUAAAUAAACAUCUGUGAUUCAAACUGUCUGCAUCUGGGUCUUGUCUUGAGUCUUGAUACUCCAGACACAAUGGUGAAGAUAAGAAAAGAAAGAACCAGUGAAUACUGGAGAAAAUGUGGGGAAUUAUUCAGAAACUAUCUACAUAUUGUUGGGUCUUGUUAUACAAUAAUACACUUCUGGAAUUAUGUUUUUGACUUUGUAAACAAUGUAUUUAAAUGCUCCCUGGCAAAUGACCCAAAGAGUGCCAUACUUGGACUAAUCCCUGAACGGUUUCCAAAUGCCUAUCUAUUGAAUACCCUCUUGUCUGCAGCAAAUAAAUGUAUUACAGCACUUUGGAUAAAUAAGGACAUUCAUACUAUGGAAGAGUGGACUUGUAGAGUGAAAUAAAUGUAUAUCAUGGAAAAUAUCACCAUAAAAUAAAACUGCAAACAAAUACAAUACCAGUCAAAAGUUUGGCUACACCUACUCAUUGAAGGGUUUUUCUUUAUUUUUACUAUUUUCUACAUUGU